AUGGAUCACCUGCUGCUGGUUCUGCUGCUGCUGUGGGGCUCAGGUGUUCACUGUGAAACAACCAAAGUUGACCUUGUGAUGUUGGUGGAUGAGUCUGGGAGCGUCAGCAGAAAUGACUUUGAUAAAAUUCAAACGUUUCUUGUUGCCAUCGUCAACGGCCUCAACAUCGGCCCCGAUGCAGUCCAGAUCGGUCUGACUUUGUUCAGUACCAAAGCAAGGACAGAGUGGCACCUGAACACCCACCAGACCAAACACACCCUGCUGAGGGCCAUAGAAGAACUAGGACGAACUGGUGGAAGCACCAAGACAGGAAAAGCUCUGGAGCACAUCCUCCAUAACCAGUUUAAACCCAGUAUGGGAAUGCGUCCAGACUCCAGAAGGAUUGCUGUUCUGAUCACAGACGGGGAAUCCCAGGAUGAAGUACUCCUGCCUUCAAAGAACCUGAAACGCAAUGACAUCGAGGUCUAUGCUAUUGGUGUGCAGGGUGCCAGAGAGAGUGAGCUAAAGGUCAUCGCCUCUGAUAACGACCACGUGUACUUUCUCAAGGAUUUCAAGUCCCUUAAUGAUAUCAUCAGAAAUAUCACCAUCGACCUCUCAAAAGGCUCAAAUAACUUGUUCAAAGCUGACCUGGUGAUACUGGUGGAUGAGUCUGGGAGCAUCACUCUCCAGGACUUCAGAAUCAUUCGGUUGUUUCUCAAGCACUUUGUCAACAACCUCGACAUCGGUCUGCACAGAGUCCAGAUCGGUCUGACUUUGUUCAGUACCACACCAAGGACUAUGUGGCACCUGAACACCCACCAGACCAAACAAUCCCUGCUGAGGGCCAUAGAAGACCUAGAAAAAGCGCGUGGAAGCACUUACACAGGAAAAGCUCUGACAUACAUCCUCCGUAACCAGUUUAAACCCAAUGUGGGAAUGCGUCCAGACUCCAAAAAAGUUGCUGUUAUGAUCACAGAUGGGGCGUCUGAUGAUGACGUAGAACUUCCCUCAAAGAAUUUGAAAGACAGCGGCAUUGAAGUCUUUGUUAUUGGGUUUGGGUCAUGGGUCGGUAGUCUGAGUAAAGAAUUCCAGACUCGACUUAUCUCGGCCCCCUCAGCCAGCUUAUUUCCCAAUCCCAAAAUCAGUUCCAAACAGGGUGUUGCAAAAGUCAAUGUGACUCAGCUGAAGUUGAUCAACUCUGAUCACAAUAAAAUUUACAUAGUCAAAACCUUUGACACUCUCCAGGACAUUGUCAUUGAACUCAUUAUCAACUUCUUUAAAAGUGUUAAAAGCUUAGGCCGUGCCACAAAAGAAACAUUUACUUUGUGUUUCAGUGUUUUAUUGGAUCUCUGUUUGAUUUCUCUGAUCUCUGCAGACUCUGUCAGGCUGCUGAAUGGUUCCAGUCUGUGUUCAGGCAGACUGCAGGUGAAGUCUAACCAGAGAUGGUCCUCAGUGUGUGAAGAUGACUUUGACCUGCAGGAUGCAGAGGUGGUCUGUAGGGAGCUUGGCUGUGGGCCUCCUUCGCUCCUCCAGGGGGCGCUCUAUGGAGAAGUGGAGGCCCCAGUGUGGAGCAGAGAGUUCCAGUGUGGAGGCCAUGAGUCUGCUCUCCUGGACUGUAGAAGCUCAGGCUCAGUGAGAAGCAGCUGCUCACCUGGCAAAGCUGCUGGACUCACCUGCUCAGAGCCUGUCAGGUUGGUGGGAGGAGCCAGUCGCUGUGCAGGUACACUGGAGGUGAGACGAGGAGAGUGGAGACCAGUGGCGAUGGAUAUCUGGACCCUGAAGGAUGCAGCUGCUGUCUGUGGACAGAUGAACUGUGGUUCUGCUGUUUCUGUAGGAAAUACACAGAGUUCUUCACAGAGAUCGGUGUGGUGGGUGGAGUCACUCUGUGUUCAGGCUGGAUAUGCUCUGAAAGAGUGCGCAUCAGCAGAUCGCUCUGACUCCACGCUGGAUAUCACCUGUUCAGACUCUGUCAGGCUGCUGAAGGGUUCCAGUCUGUGUUCAGGCAGACUGCAGGUGAAGUCUAACCAGAGAUGGUCCUCAGUGUGUGAAGAAGACUUUGACCUGCAGGAUGCAGAGGUGGUCUGUAGGGAGCUUGGCUGUGGGCCUCCUUCGCUCCUCCAGGGGGCGCUCUAUGGAGAAGUGGAGGCUCCAGUGUGGAGCAGAGAGUUCCAGUGUGGAGGCCAUGAGUCUGCUCUCCUGGACUGUAGAAGCUCAGGCUCAGUGAGAAGCAGCUGCUCACCUGGCAAAGCUGCUGGACUCACCUGCUCAGAGCCUGUCAGGUUGGUGGGAGGAGCCAGUCGCUGUGCAGGUACACUGGAGGUAAAACAGGGACUGUGGGGAUCUGUGGAGGCCUCAGGCUGGACCCUGAUGGAUGCAGCUGUAGCCUGCAGAGAGCUGGACUGUGGCUCUGUUGUUUUAACAGGAAGCAGAAAUGCAUCCUGGGAUGGAUCAACGUGGAAGAUCAACCCUGACUGUGUUAAAUCUGGAUCUACACUGAGGGAGUGUGCCACAUCAUCCCAGUCACCCACCGUCCUGGAGCUCAUCUGCUCAGACUCUGUCAGGCUGCUGAAUGGUUCCAGUCUGUGUUCAGGCAGACUGCAGGUGAAGUCUAACCAGAGAUGGUCCUCAGUGUGUGAAGAAGACUUUGACCUGCAGGAUGCAGAGGUGGUCUGUAGGGAGCUUGGCUGUGGGCCUCCUUCGCUCCUCCAGGGGGCGCUCUAUGGAGAAGUGGAGGCUCCAGUGUGGAGCAGAGAGUUCCAGUGUGGAGGCCAUGAGUCUGCUCUCCUGGACUGUAGAAGCUCAGGCUCAGUGAGAAACAGCUGCUCACCUGGCAAAGCUGCUGGACUCACCUGCUCAGAGCCUGUCAGGUUGGUGGGAGGAGCCAGUCGCUGUGCAGGUACACUGGAGGUGAAACAGGGACAGUGGAGAUCUGUGGAGGCCUCAGGCUGGACCCUGAUGGAUGCAGCUGUAGCCUGCAGAGAGCUGGACUGUGGCUCUGCUGUUUUAACAGGAAGCAGAACUCCAUCCUGCGAUGGACCAACGUGGAAGAUCAACCCUGACUGUGUUAAAUCUGGAUCUACACUGAGGGAGUGUGCCACAUCAUCCCAGUCACCCACCGUCCUGGAGCUCAUCUGCUCAGACUCUGUCAGGCUGCUGAAUGGUUCCAGUCUGUGUUCAGGCAGACUGCAGGUGAAGUCUAACCAGAGUUGGUCCUCAGUGUGUGAAGAUGACUUUGACCUGCAGGAUGCAGAGGUGGUCUGUAGGGAGCUUGGCUGUGGGCCUCCUUCGCUCCUCCAGGGGGCGCUCUAUGGAGAAGUGGAGGCUCCAGUGUGGAGCAGAGAGUUCCAGUGUGGAGGCCAUGAGUCUGCUCUCCUGGACUGUAGAAGCUCAGGCUCAGUGAGAAACAGCUGCUCACCUGGCAAAGCUGCUGGACUCACCUGCUCAGAGCCUGUCAGGUUGGUGGGAGGAGCCAGUCGCUGUGCAGGUACACUGGAGGUGAGACGAGGAGAGUGGAGACCAGUGGCGAUGGAUAUCUGGACCCUGAAGGAUGCAGCUGCUGUCUGUGGACAGAUGAACUGUGGUUCUGCUGUUUCUGUAGGAAAUACACAGAAUUCUUCACAGAGAUCGGUGUGGUGGGUGGAGUCACUCUGUGUUCAGGCUGGAUAUGCUCUGAAAGAGUGCGCAUCAGCAGAUCGCUCUGACUCCACCCUGGAUAUCACCUGUUCAGGUAAGUCUGUCAGAGACAUCAUCUUGGAUGGUGAAGUUUCUCUCUUACCUGUCUUCUCUGUGACCGUGGUAGAAGUUCACUGGACGUGUUCAUGGUCUCCUCCUACACACCCUGUGAUUAAUGCGUCUCUGUCCUCUCCCCUCUCUGCAGACUCUGUCAGGCUGCUGAAGGGUUCCAGUCUGUGUUCAGGCAGACUGCAGGUGAAGUCUAACCAGAGAUGGUCCUCAGUGUGUGAAGCUGACUUUGACCUGCAGGAUGCAGAGGUGGUCUGUAGCGAGCUUGGCUGUGGGCCUCCUUCGCUCCUCCAGGGGGCGCUCUAUGGAGAAGUGGAGGCUCCAGUGUGGAGCAGAGAGUUCCAGUGUGGAGGCCAUGAGUCUGCUCUCCUGGACUGUAGAAGCUCAGGCUCAGUGAGAAGCAGCUGCUCACCUGGCAAAGCUGCUGGACUCACCUGCUCAGAGCCUGUCAGGUUGGUGGGAGGAGCCAGUCGCUGUGCAGGUACACUGGAGGUAAAACAGGGACUGUGGGAAUCUGUGGAGGCCUCAGGCUGGACCCUGAUGGAUGCAGCUGUAGCCUGCAGAGAGCUGGACUGUGGCUCUGCUGUUUUAACAGGAAGCAGAAAUGCAUCCUGGGAUGGAUCAACGUGGAAGAUCAAACCAGGGUGUGUUAAAUCUGGAUCUACACUGAGGGAGUGUGCCACAUCAUCCCAGUCACCCACCGUCCUGGAGCUCAUCUGCUCAGACCUGCUGGUUCAGCCAAUCAUCUCAGCGUCCUUCUCGUCCAAUGACAGGGACUCCCAGGUCCAGCAGCAGGAGUCCUCUUGGGUGUCCACCAACAACUACACCCAGCAAGCUGUCAAUCACUCUGCCCACUUCCUGUUCCCUGCUGCAGAGCCCGCCCACCAAGGAACCUACAGCUGUGUUUAUCACGUCUUCGUGUUUUCUCGUAACUUCUCCUCUGAGAGCCGUCAGCUGUCUCUCACUGUCUCAGAUCCAACAGUGUUUGUCAUCAGACUGCUGCUCCUGCUGCUGAGCCUGCUGCUCUUCAUCUCUGCCGUCUGUUUCAGCCAUAAGGUCACCGGGAGGCAGGAGCCCCGCCCACAGGAGGACCCGGAGCUGGAUGGUUAAAGCUGGCAGUGUCCAGAAAAGCAGGCAGCUCAGCAGCGCCUCCACAUGGUGGAGGAAGUGUUUGCAUCCUUCACCACAGUGUGAACAUGAAGUACAACCACAGUAAACUGUAUAUCACAUCAUCAGGUCAUGUGUUACUCCUGUAUUAAAGUGUGAGCAUUAAUACUUGUUUAUAUUUACUGCUUCCAGCUUCUUCCAGUCCUGUUUGUACCCCUAAAAUAAUGACUGCAGCUAAUCAUCACCGAUCGAUCAACAUGUGACUAUUUUCAUAAAUAAUUAACUGAUUGAUCAGAUUGUCAAAAUUCUCCAAACAAUGAAAAAUAGUUGGUGUAUUUUGUGUCUGCUCUGUGACCUUUGACCCUCCCGUGUGCAGCUGCAGACUGUCUCACCUGUCCUCUGCUCCCAGCUGGGGACAGGUGAGACAUUUUAUGUGAAGUUGGUCGCCUUCUUGCUCCGACCUGUUUUUUCCUGUUUCCUUCUUUGCUCCUCAGUUUAGUUUCUUGGUUUCAGGUUAGUUUCCUCCUCUGGUGGAUUUCCAGGAUCUCCUGUUCUUCAGCGUCUU